AUGCAGUUGGAGGGAUCCUUCCGGAACGUGAUCUUAAGAACCAUCGGAAGAAACUCAGCCUCCAAGAGAGGCCACCAAGCCGGCACCACCCACUUUUCCCCCUUCAUUCAUUUCCCACUGGUGUCGGCCCCUGCCCCACCCACCAUGCUUGGGCAAAGUGCUGUCUGUUCUUCCCUGACUCCAAGAGCGAGAAGAAAGCAAAGCGAUGUGUGCUGUCUGCGUCCCUCCUGGAUCUGGGCUCCACGCUCACUCAAGCACCUCCCUGAGCCGUGCGCAAGCGUGCGAUGCACUGAACCCAGGGAUGGACAGACAGGCCUGGAUCCGAGUCCUGCCUCACCACCAACUGGACAUGCUUUGCAGGCCAAUCGCUUUGACUCUUUGACCCUCAGUGGAUGUCCGUCUAUGGGCCUCACUGGUGGCUCAGAUGGGAAAGAAUCUGCCGGCAACGCACGGGUCAUCAAGACUAACGCUCAUCGAGACUAA